CCUCCCCAUGUAGAAAUUGUUGCCUAGCAACAAAACCCAAACUUUCUGUUCAGACGACUAGUUAGCUGCUUACCACAUUGACCACAUCAUUAACAGUGUGUAAGGAUGAGUGGUGGUCGGGCAUCUGAGGGCGCGGGCUGCAUCGCCUUCUGGGGCUUCAGUCCUGCGCGUGACCUGCUGAGCACAGGUCCUGAGAGACAGGAGGGGGAGGUCAAUGUUUUACUGGUUGGCAGUGGAGAUCCACGACAUAUUCUGAAGACCGUUGCUGGUUUACGGGAAAAAGACAGCCUUCAUGUGUGGGUGAUUGAAAACAGCAUGGAGGUGGUGGCAAGACAGCUGCUGCUCCUCUACCUGGCACUGAUGCCCCAGGAAAGCAUGGGACUUAAUGAGAAGACAGAGGUUUUCCUGGAGGUGUUUGGGAACAGUGAGAUCCGCAGUCAGACAGAGGAGAUGCUGAGACGUGUGGCAUCGCAGCUCUCACUGUCUAUUACUGACACACUGGACACAGUCACACACCCCUGUCUGAAUACAACUCUUCUCAAGUUCAAGGAGCGAGACGAGCUGGCCAGGAUAUUCAAGUUGUGGAUCCAACCUCAGUCAUCAUCAUCCUCACCUGCGUGUUCUGCUCCUAUCUUAAUGUCCAAAGCCUGGGAUUAUCGAGUCCGGCAGCACCUCGGGACACGCUACGACUCCAAGAGGGGCUGCUUCGACUGGGACCUGACUAUGAAGUUGCAUGAGAAAGGGUGUGGUGUCAUUAACAAACAACAAUAUGUCCGAUGGAGGGAACGGGGCUUGGCGUUUGAAAUGAGGGAAGGUGUCUACCAAAUAACUAAUCCAAGUUUGCUCUCUUCAAGAGUGUUCAGUCUGAAGGGGGACAAAGUGGCAGUGAGGGGCUACUGGGGAGACAUAGUGUCCAGUCCUUACCUCUCCUUCGGCAUUGAAACCAAUGACAAGAGCCUGCUGAAGACGCAGAACGGGCAACACAUCAAGACAGCCCAGGAUAUCUCCUUUGCAAAUGUGCAGGCAUUGUUCCAGUCCUUGUCCAGUAGACGGGGCUGCCCCACUACUUCUCAGUCAGAGGCAGAAGAGCCAUCCACAAAGACUGACCAAAAACCUGCCACCAUUAAUGAUCUGAUGCAUCUAAAUCGGAUCUCUGUGACCUUCCUGCCCAUGGAUUCACUUCAAAAACUGCCUGAAAAACAGAAAUACUCCCACUUUUUCAACACCAUCUACUUCUCAGCCAGCUGCAUGCACCAUUUGGGCCCAGCGAUGAGACAGAUUGCAGCACCAGACGCUGUGCUUGUCGUGGAGCUGGCCAAGUACUUUCUGGACCUGAAUAAAGAGCAAGAAGCAGGCUUUGCAGAGAAAGCGGUGAGCAUCGCUCUAGAGGCUGGAUUUGAACCGUGGCAUGUGGUGAAGAGUGAUCACGUUCACGCCGUUUUCAAACCACAGAAGAAGUAAAUGCAGAGGAGCUGUUUACUCACUGCUUUCCCACUGUCAGCACCUUUAUUUUCACAUGGUGCAACAGACUGAUAGUCAAGGUGAUACUGCUUCACAGCACAGACAUUUUUUUGCAGACAGAAUUGAUGUUUUUCCUUCAUAAGGAAGUUUAGCAGAUGAUACUUGUUUAUUCUUGUUGGAGUUUUCAUGCUUUUUCUUUCCAUAGAUGAAUGUUUGUUUGUAAUAGCGGUGACUUUAUUCAAUGUUGUUCAGCAAUAAUAAUAAAAUUUCCAUUUUCCAUUUUAA